AUGAUGAUCGGUUGGGGGUUCAUCACCUUGGUCCAGGCCUUCAUCAAAGGACGAGAUGCACUCAUUGCCACUCGCCUCCUGAUCGGCGCCUUCGAAGCCGGUUUUUAUCCCACUGCCGUCGCCUAUCUGUCAUUCUUCUACUGCAGAUACGACCUCGCGGUUCGCGUCGGUCUUUUCUACGGACAAUAUGCCGUUGCGGGGGCUUUCUCUGGAGCAAUUGCCUACGGCGUCUUCCAUUUGCGCGACGGAAUCUUGAAGAAUUGGCAAUACCUAUUCAUCAUUGAGGGAACUCUGACCAUCUUCUUUGGCCUUAUAGCUUGGUUCUUCCUGCCAUCGGGUCCUGGAUCUGCUUGGUUCUUGACGCCGGACGAACAGCAGUUUGCAGCAGAACGGAUGAGACAGGACAAUGCACUCUUCGUCCAGCACACCUACAGCAAGAACGGCAUCGAAAACGAACGCUUGAAGAAAAGAGACUUCCUCGAGACACUUCGAGACUGGAAGUUCUGGUACGUUUUGGUGUUCAACAUCUGCGCCAGCGUGCCAGGACAAGCCUUUUCGGUGUUUCUUCCACUCGUGGUGCAGGGGCUUGGAUAUUCUUCCAUACAGGCCAACUUGAUGUCCGUUCCACCGUAUGUUUGCGGCGCUCUUGGCUUGUACUUGUUUGCCUUGAGCUCGGACUACCACAAGGAACGUGGAUAUCAUAUUGUGGGAGGAAUUGUGAUUGCUCUCGUUGGACUGAUCGCCACGGUCACCGUUGAGUCACACGCUGGGAAUGGAAACAACCCAGAGCCUGGGAAGAGAGCCAUUGUCCUUGGCGCGAACGGGUUCGGAAACCUCGCCGGUGUGAUUGGGGCGCAGCUCUACCGCGAUCGCUACAAACCGAACUACAGACUUCCUUUCUAUGUCACUUUGGGCUUCGUGGCAGCAGCCCUCGUCGGAUAUCUGUCGUACAGAUUCAUAUUGGUACGGGUCAACCGGAGAAAGAUUGAGAUUCUGCGACAAAAGACUUCAGAAGACAUUGAAAGGGAGCGAGUCGACAGUACGCGGUACGCCGACAGAAAGUGGACAUUCAUCUACGGUCUUUGA